AUGCUGGGCCGCUUGCUGAGUACAUUCAGCCCGGGUGCGUACUCAUCACGGAAUCCCGCUGUCUUAGAGUCCGUCACCGAAGAGGAGCACACGUCCGGACUACUCUUCCCUGAUCCUCGCCUUCUCCACCGAUCCUCCAAUUCCGCACAUGCUUUCCAGACGAGUUUCAAUUCCCCCAAUGCUUCAAGCGCCGGUGGAUAUGAUGACCGCGGAGGACUGGAUCUGGAUUCGAUAAAGGAUUUUCGGAUCAUAAUUGCGCAAAAUGCAAUUGGCGACCGAGAUGAGCCAUGCAUUCUGCUUGACUCCAGAGGUACUUCUAACCCGGCGGCACAAGGUUUGGGCUUGGAUCCCCUGGUUUUUGACUCGUUAGGUGGCCGGCACUCUCGGACAUCAAGUUUGUCCAAAGGGCCUUCUCGGAGAGGGUCUAUACAAACAGCUCAAUCUCCACUAAUUGACAAUGGCUCACUCUCACAAGCCGCAAGUGCUCGCAAAAUCCCCCCUUCACCAAUGCAUGCUGGCGCUUUUAGUCGUGCACGUGGUCGGAGUUCCAUCAGUUCUGUAGUAUCCACUGGUGAAGGCAUCCUUGAGCCUUACCACAAUCGGAUAACCCCGGAAAACAGCGAUACGGGAUUGCUCAAUUGUAUCUUUGGAAGUAGCGCUUUUAGCUACAGAGGCUCUUCGACGAAAAUGCACAUCCUAUCAACGGAUUCUGAACCAGAAGGAACCACGGCGUUGUCACCCUCUCCUCGUGAAGUUGAUACGCUAGUUGCUCGAAAUGCUUCUCGCAAUCCACUCGCACGGACUUAUUCCACGGGAGCUCAGCCGAAUGUGGGCUAUUUUGUAGAUCGACACCAGGACAACAAGUCAUCUCGAGUUACUAUUCUGAUUACCAGAAUGUUCAGCGUGAACCUACCAGAAUCGAGGGACAGUUCCAUCGAGUCCCCGGACGUUCCAAACUCAUUGUCCAUGGAUGGCUUGGCGGACAACGGAUUCCCGUUCCCGGAUCUCAAUAGACGUCGCAAAGCCAAGGAGAAGAAAACACCCAUGUAUGCGGUAGCCAUCACCGUCCAAAUUCCGUUGGCAGCGCGAAACAGUGCCCGACCGAUGUCACGGCUCAGCACUCAAGUCUCCGACAGCCAUAAACAAAUGUCGUUCUCGUUGGACUCGGAUCCACAUUGGAGCAGUGCUUUCCUAGACGACAGACCUUCCCAGUAUGCUAACCUAGAUGACAGGCUUGACCUCCUAGUGGAUCGCUGGGAUGUGAUUACCAGAACAUUGACGUAUCUGGAGAAGCUGGCUAGAUAUGAAAUAUUGAUACUGCUGAAGAAAGUUGACGCCCAAGCAGCCAGUGCACCAAAGCCCAUGAAGAUGCCAAAUAUGCAGAGGACAAACCAGACGAUCAUUCAACUCCGACCAAAUGUUCUUGCCCACAACAGUAAGCUCAAAGAAGAACUAUUACUAAAUGCCCAGAGAAUCUCAGCAGCUCUGCGCAUACCUCGUGUUGUUCUCGGACAGAGUCGAUGGGGCGUAUGGCGUGAUGAGGCCCGUUGGAUCGCGCGUCUUAUGGCUGAUAAGGAGCAUGGAUUGUUUUUCCUCGUCCUCAUUACAUCUUUCCUGGGGAACCAUACAGAGUGGCUAAAUACCCUUGGACCAGAGUGGUACCGCAGACGCCAUCAAAUGCAGCAGAAAGCACAGCAAGAUUCUGAGCCGACGAUCGCUAACCGCACUUUGAUCAUAUCAGACAAUAAAAUGGUUGCAAGGCGUCUGAUCUUUAUUCUGUCUGCUUUUCUGCCUGCCAAAAACCGCCUUGACCAUGUAAAUUCACCCUUGCGUCCAGGAACAUCAACCUCGACGCGGCCGCUUUCUCAGAGUCCUCCGUCUUUUCCUCUCCUGCGGCAAGAAUCUCUUCGUCGUAGAAUCAAUCGGAAAGCACGCGCCCAGAGACUGAAUGCCGAGGACUCUGAUAGCCGACACCAGAGAUCUGUCAGUGCUUCAUCUAGCGAAACUACACACAGGGCCACUGAGGAAUCGGACACUGCCCCUCAAGCUGAACCGGCAUAUUCACAUAAUCGAAGAGGCUCUGACGUCCGCUCUAUCAGAACAGUUGGCUUACCGAUAAAUCCUAAUGAAGCCCGCACGCGAGCUACGACGUCCACAACAACAGACGAUUCGGCUGUUCCUGUUCCUUACUUCGCAUCUCGUCAACAGUUUCCACAUGACCAACCUAAUUCAACAAGGAUCGACGAGAUCGACAGCUAUGCUUCGGCGAAGCUCCUACAAAACUUGCGCCGAAGUGAAACCUCGAGCACCAAUUCUGACGGAACAAAUCCCGCAACUGGUACUAAAUGGGUUGGUAAUAUCUUUUCCGGGCUUUGGCCCGGACGCACAGAUUCCUUUGGUGACACCGAGGGAACGAUCUCAACUCGGCGACGCUCCCUGGCACAGCAACCAUCAGAACGUCGUCGUUCGGAAGCGCAAAGUGAACAGAGCAGUAAAAGCCGCUUGCCGUCGAACGCAUCCGCAACAGAUGUACCAUCAAAAUCCCUUUCGGCAACAGAAACCAUUUCCAUCCCAGGCUCAUCAACAAGUGCAAGAGACUCACUCGAUCAGAAUGAACCAGAGAUGGCCUCUAAUGAUCAUGUAAAGGACUCACCCUUGAAACUCUCGGUUCAAGGCGAUGACGGAAUAGUCGAUGUUGAUCUUCCAUUGCGUGGCUUUUUGUCUCUAUCGUCAUCCAAUGAUUCUACGAUAGCAUCCCCUAAGAAGGCACGAACUUCAAUCACAAGCAUGGAUGCCGGAGGAUCAAUCCACAGCAGCUUCUCUAAUAUGAAUUCUAACAUUCGGGAUGCGGAUGGGCCGACAUUGCACGUUGCGGGCUGGCUGAAGAACUUCCAUGAGGAUUUCCUGCUUCAGGCAGUGCGGCCGUAUCACGGCAUCGAGGCUGAUGUUAAACGUGCGAUGCUAGCUGAACCUCAUUUACACGCAUCUACUGCCAGCGUCGAUGGUGAGAACACCAAUAACAACGAUCGAUGGCUGGAGGUUGCUAGUACCCUCAUUGCCGACACGCGUACAUUUACAGUGAAACGACUGCGUCUUUUACGUAGAGGCAUCGCUAAUUAUGCCACUACUCCUUCACCGCUUACGCCUCGGCAAGCGCCCGAAAAUUCCUCCUCUGGUCAUCUGGCCGGCUUUUUUUCUAACGGACGGCCACAGAAGAACUCAGCUGCAGCGUUUGUUGGUUUAGUUGACCCCUAUGAUACCGAGUACAAAUUUAUUGAAGAACCCGUCAUGGAUGUCGAUGGAACACUGGUUGACGCAGUUGAACGAGUUUUGAUACACAGCGGCCAGUCAUCCUUGGCACACUCUAGGACUCCCUCACCGCAUAGGAAUUCACGCUUAGACGAGCGAUCAUCCGAUGAUACUGCCAGCGCUCAUCAUGCCCCUGCGCAUAUCCAUGCCGUCGAAGUGCCCCGGAAUGAGUGUCGUAAGACCGUGCUCGGCGCGCUUGAAGAAAUUGCUCGAAGCGUAAUGGAGACUCAUUGUCGUGAUGAUGGUGAUGUUGACUUUGUCGGCGGAGAUUAUUCAAUAGACAAGGAUGGGCGACGCCGCACUACCAUAAUCCAGGACAAUACUCUGCGUGAGGGAGUUCGCAAAUGGCUUCUCGAUAUUGAAGAGGCUUUAUGA